AUGCCCAAAUUGAUAAGUGGCCAAAAAGGACGGGAAGAAAUGAAGGAGACCAAAGAAAAAGAACAAAAUAAGGAAAAGAAACCAAGAAAAGAAAUUCAAGAAAUGUCGAGCGUUAACCCCUUUGCACUGGAUAUUGAUCUCGACGUACCACCAAGUCAGUUAUACGAUAUUGGAAAUGAACCAUUGCCAAACCAAACUAUAGAAAUAUCAUCUGACUCGGAGGAAAAUCCGAAGUACUCAAAAAAAGAAUUGGCGGAUAUCAAGUGCCUUAAACAUGUGUUGAUGGCAAUUGAGAAUUACAAAAACUGUUGGAAGAAAAGGAAAUCAAAGGUGACACGUUUAUUAUAUGAGGAAGAAGAAGAAGACGACGAAAUCAACCGAAUUAUACUUGCCGCAAUUGAUUUAAAAAUCGAAAAGGACAAAUUCCUCUAUCACAAAACUAUAAAAAAAGCAAAGGAAUUUUUAGAUUCGCUCUGA